UCAGUGCAUGGAGUCUCUCCAUUUACCCCACAAAUGCCGCAUCUAGCAAAAGCAUGGACCAGCUUCAGCUUUAGGCUUCUGUUCUCUUGCUGGGCGCAUGAUUGUGCUUUGGCUGUGGGAACGGAACGCGUGGAAGUGGUACAACAUCUGUUAUUCAAAGAGGCACAAUGUAGUGGACCUUGCAACCGUCGCAGGCCGAGACUGAAGGAAUUUUCGUAUUGCCUGUGCUGACAAAGUGUGAACAGAAAGUGAGUUGAGGAUUGGUGGUGGCCUACGAAUUGCUUAGCAGAGUGAAAAGUCUGCUGAGGAUAAAACCAAAUCUGGGGUAUCUAUAAAUAACCCGCAGUAUACGCAUCACGCCUACAACUGCGCAUGCCCCAGCCCCCGUCGGAGUCUCAACCCAGUGGAGGCCGAGACGCAGCAGCAGCAGCAGAAGCAGAGGCAGUGGCAGAGGAGGAGGAGGAGACAGCAGCAGGUGACAGCAACAGUGACACCUUGUGAGAGAGCUCAAGGCUGCCUGCCAGUGGAGGCCACGCGGAUUGCUACGUUUGCCUGGGAAUGGCCGCAGUGGUCCAUGGCUGUAGCAGUCCCCGGCAGCGCUCCUGCAAUGGCAGCAGCUCGCCGGGCGCCCAUCACGGGUCCACGCCCUCGUCGGGCCCUGCCAUGUACACCACCGUGCCCAAGUAUUCGCGGACGGCCAGCCAGACGCUGUACGCGACCAGCCAGCAGAUAUUUGGCAGCGGCAUGGGCGUGAGCAUGCCCAGCGAUGGUGCGUACGGCAACGGGCCCAUCUACAUGUCCUCCGGCCAGCGUCCGUUGUCAGCAUCUGCGCUGCCGGAAACGGCAGCUGCAAGUCGGAGCUAUUGGGGCCAUCAUGCCGCCUUCUAUCACGGCGGCAGGCACUACAGCAAGCGCAAGUCUGCGGUGGAACUGUUGGCCGAGUCCAAGCCGUUCUACAUCAAGUCGGAUGCGGUCUUCGAGCGGCUGCAGCAGUCGAGCUAUCGGAACGGCGGCAACAAUGCUGCCGGCUCCAAGCGGGGUCGACGCCCGGAGGAGGCGCACGGUCACGGCCAUGGCGGUGGUCACUACAACUCCCAGGCAUACGACGAGCUGGAGGACCGCCGAUACAUGAGCCUGUCCCGCCAGCAACAGCACCAGCAGCAGCAGCUGCAGCAGGCCCAGCAGUACAUGCACAACCAUCAUCCGCAUCAGCAGCAGCAGCACCACCACAAUCGCCAUGGGCACGGUCAUGGCCAGGCCCAUGGUCGUGCUGGGGGCGGGGGCGCUGCUGUCAAUAACAAUCUGCUGCAGCAGAAGCUGCGCAUGCUGCUCGGCUCGGAGGCCGUCAAGGAGAGAAAUGGCGGCACCUUGCGGCGGCACGAACUGAACGACGGCAGUGCCGAGCUGCUGCCUACCGACUAUGGGGAGGACGAGGGCGGCGCAGGGCCAGGCGGUGCCCUGAGGAUACCCCCACCCCUCUACAUACCAUCGCACGGCUAUGGGCGGGACUCAUCCGCGUACAACAGCGGCGGCGAGGAGCCGCUCGUGCUAACCGAGAACUACAGACCAAUCAGUCCGCCGGCCGAGUAUGCUGCCAAGUCGGGACAAGCCCACAACGAUCGCUACAGGUACAACUACCAGCGUUCCUAUUCGCACUCGCACGAGGUGCCCCAUGCGCCGGAGGAGCGAACUCCGUACGCUGGCGGGGACUUCAACAUCAACAGCCACAAGUCACUGCCGGAUCUGCACACGCAGAUCAGUCGGCACUCGCCGCACAGCGAGAUACUGAGCUGCUGCAGUCGUGGCAAUCGCUCCAUCAAGUCUGCCGGCGAGUCCUCCAUCAAUCGCGACUCGGGCGGCAGCUCCGGCCACUACACGCACCGCAGCGAGCCCUGCUACAAGCGCGAACGGCAGCGGGAGCCCAAUGUGGGCACGGCCAGUGGCACAAUCAAGAACUGCUGCACCCUGGUGGCGGCCACGCGGCGCGACAGCGGCUCCUCGACGCAGCACAGUGCAAACUCCUACUGCGGCUACGUGACGCCGGGUGCGGACUAUCCGUCGCUGAAUGGCCGAAACACCGAGUGCAUCGACUGCCGCUGCAAGCAGGACACGGCGCCAUUGAGUGGCUAUGACAAUGCGGCUGCCUCGGACUACUUGAUCAACUUUACGCCCACGCCAGAGGUGCCGGAGGCCUUCCAGGAUGACUACACACCCACACCGCCAUCGCCGAGGAUGAAGACGCAGACGCCGCGCUACUCGAGCUCCUCCAGCCAGCAGCUGCACACCAGCUCGCAGGGCUACACGAGCAUCAAUCACUCGCAGAGCUCCCUGGUGCAGAGUCCCGGCUCGGCGCCCUCCGUGGACGACAUAAGUCCACCGCCCAUUCAGUUCAAGCGGCAGCGCUGCAUCCGCUUCAAGAACCGCAACCGACUGCCGGUGCAGCCCCAGCCGCGCACAUCGCCCAUCAACAGCAGCGGCGUGGAGAUGGGCGGACCCAGUGUCGGUAUUUUGGCUGCCUACAAGCAGCAUCGGGGAAGCGUGGAUCACGAGAAUGUGUUCUUUCCCAAAGGUUUCUCGGCAGAUGCCAGCUAUGCCAGCGCCCACAGCAUGGAGAUGGAGCGCGAGGCGCUGAAUGCCAGCAUCUCGGAGCUGGAGAAGUUCUUCGAUCGGCUGGGCCUCAACGAUGAGGCGUUCCACGAGAUCUACAGUCAGCCGCGCAGGCAGCACAAUCCAGAGACCGAUUCCGAUGACUCCAGCACGGUGUUCUUCUCGGACGUGAGCACCGUGGACUCGAUGCGGCUGCCGGACAGCACCGAGACACAGCCGCAGACCACACAGACCUAUCGACCCUCGGAACCGCCGUCGAUUGUGGAGCGGAAUGCGCGAAUCAUCAAGUGGCUGUGCAACUGCAAGAAGGUGGCCGCCCAUUUGCACUGAUAGAAGAGCAGCACUUUCAGGAUUGUUUUCAAGAUUCUUAGCGAGUAUUUUGUCUCUUGCAAUGAACACCCCGAAUACAACAAUACAUACAAAACUAUAUUUAAAUAAUAUAUACUAAAAUAAUGCAUAAACAGAGGGCUCAAAAGUCAAGUCAAGUUCAAGUUCAAGUGUAAUAGAAAAUGAUUAGAAAUCACCUACCUGUACAAUGGAAACGGCAACGGCAACGGCAACGUUCAGAGUUCAGAGCUACGAAUGGAUUGAAUGUGCGUUUCUCCUCCUUUGCUGCAUGCUGGAUGGCAGUUCAAUUACACACCAUUGAUAUUUAUAUUUAAAAAUUUAUAUUGACAUUGAUAUUGAUAUUGUACUACUUACUCGUAAUCGUAAUCAAAUAGCAACAACCGAUCGUUCAUAUUACUCUUAUACACGAAUGGUAUUAUUAGAUGAAUUAUUGUACAAUUAGUUCUUGCAAUGUGCAUAGUUAUAACUAGUUGCCAAAAACAGAAACAAACGAAAACACAACCACAGAACAAUUGAAAUUGAAAUGAACCUACCUAUUUAUGUAAUUGUACAUCGUUUGCAUGACGAAUAAAUAAAAUAUUUACGAUUAUCAAAUUAA